AUGGCGCCGCGCCCCGAAUACAUUGUCGAGCACAUGGAGGAGGACGAGCCGGGGGCCCCCGCGCACUUUGCGCCGUGGGCCCUGCUCGAGUACCGCCACAUGCUGUACCAUGUGGGUGAGGGCACGACCGUGCACUUUACGUCGCUCUCGCAGGCGUCGCUCGAGGCGCUGAAGGAGGCGUUCGAGCAGCCGCUGCCGCCGCUCACGCGCCCGGCCCGGUUCGAGCUGCAUGCGCAGUCGGUCACGACGCUCGCGCGCGAGCGCGGCUGGGCGAUGGAGCGCAUCUGCCUACUUGACCCCAAGGCGCCGCUGCCGCUCUCGGUGUGUGAUGCAGGCAUCCACACGUCGUCGGCGGGUGCGGCGCACGGCGACGCUCCGUUCACGCACUUCCUCUUUGGCGGCAUCCUCGGCGACGACCCGCCGCGCGACCGCACGGCCUCGCUGCGUGAGCUGGGCUUCCCGGGCCGCCACCUCGGCAGCGUGCAGAUGUCGACCGACACGGCGCUCGGCGUCACGAAGCGCGUCGUCGAAGACGGGCUGCGCCUCGGCCUCGCUGAGCUCGACGGCGCGCGUGGCGCAGACACGGCGCAGGACGGCACAGGCGCGCUCCGCUUCGUCGACAGCCCCACGCUGCAGUUUUCGCGCAGCGAGUCGGACGCCGCGACGCCGCUCAUGGCGCCGGGCAUGCGCACGAUCAUCUACCGCGACUUUGACCGCGCGUUUGAAUUUUAG